AUGAUCAGCUUUAAGUUGUUCUUGGUCAUAUAUUUGACUGGUGGUAUCACUUUCUUACCAGUUGUUUUAUGUACUUAUUGGUUUUUGAAGCAGAAAUAUGACGAACUUAAUGAGAAGUAUGAAGAGCAAAGGGAGGCAGAUCGUCUGUUAUUCAGCGGUAUAGAUCCCGAUUUUAAAGCUGGAGAGUUUGAGGAACUGCAUGGAGUGAACGUGAUUAGAGAAGGCUGGAUUAGUGUUACAAGGAAAUAUUAUCAUCAUCAUACAGAACUCAAUAAUGAAGAUAGUGAAGAUGUUAGUGAAAUCCCACAAAGAUCACAGUUGAAGAAGAAACACAGAUUCUACGCCAUCUUGCGACAUGGCAAUCUCUUCCUUUAUAGGGAUAGUUUACCUAGGAGCAAUCUCGUUCAUGCUAUUCCUUUGCAAGAUAGUUUCGUUACACUAUGGCCUCGUAAUCCUGUCGCUGAACUUCCAGAUAGUUCUCUUUUUACCAAGAAGACGUGUAUUUCUAUACUGCGGAAAGGUGUGACUUCCAUAAAUCAGGAUAAAUUGCAGUUCCGAGCAGAUGAAGAAAUCAAAGAUGAUUCUCAGGCUACAAACCAAUUCUUCCUAUACAUUGAUAAUAAUAUUGAUAAGGAGGAUUGGUAUUUUAGUUUGAUUAAUGUUGCAAAGAAUGAUUUAUCCAAAGAUGAAAGGACUUUUGGCUUGAUCGAUCCCAAUAUUACGGCAAGGACUGCUCAUUUAAAGACUACGGAUGCAUUGUACCUGAUUCAGACGAUAAACUCUACAGAGAACCAACUAACGACAAAGUGGAUAAAUGCUGUGAUUGGAAGAUUAUUUUUGGCUGUGCAAAGGACUGACGCUCUUAAGGAUUAUCUUUACACCAGACUUUAUGAGAAAUUGGCCAAGAUCGACAAACCAGAUUUUUUUGGAGACCUGAUCGUUGAGGAAGUCGAUGUUGGCAAUAGUGCUCCUCUGAUAACUAAUCCCAAAUUGUUGGAUCUUGCUCCAGAUGGUUUAUUACGAGUUUCAGUUGACUUUAAAUAUAUAGGUGACCUUUCGGUGAUCGUCUCUACAAAAGCUACUAUCAAUUUGGGUUCGCAUUUCAGGCAAAGAGAAGUGCCCAUGCAAUUAUCCAUCAAAUUGAAGGAAUUAUCAGGACCACUAAUCGUUCUACUGAAACCACCACCAUCCAACAGAUUCUGGUAUACUUUUGAAUCUGAACCUGUAUUGUCACUUGAAAUUGAGCCAGUCGUAAGUUCAAGCAAAUUGUCUUACACUAUGAUUACAAACGCUAUCAAGAGUAAGUUUGCCGAAGCAAUAAAGGACUCCCUCGUAUUACCUAAUUGGGAUGACAUGGUCUUCUUCAACACUGAUUCAGAGAUUUACAGAGGUGGUAUUUGGGAGAAAUAUGAUAAAAAUGUCGAGCAUCCAAUUCAAGACCAUAAAGAGGCCAUUUUGAAAGAAAUGUCCUCACUCUCGAAGAAAAACGAAAUACUUGACCAACCCUCUGGAGGGCAAACAAAGAAGAAAGAUGAACAAGAGGAUGAACUAGUGAACGGGAGUGAUGAAGAAUCACAAAGCAAGUCGCAGGAUCCUACUUUGAAACGUCGUACUUUGCAGAAAGUUGGAAAUUUGAAGAGAGUUCUACAACAUAAAAGUGGAGAUAAUCUGCCAGAUGAACACUCUUCAAAUGAAGGUCCAACCGAUUCGCCCGUAGCACAAACUGAUGGCGCCGAAUCAGACGGUUCUGCUGACUCUAAUAAAAUAUUCAAGAAUUCUAUCAAGAAAUUGGGGAAAUGGUAUAAGGAAGCAGUUAGUCCAAAUACGGAAGAUGCCAGUCCCCAGGAACACUCCAGUUCAAAUAGCUCAAAUCCUCAAAGUCCAGAAAUGAUCUCUAACAGAAGAAAAUCUUUACCAAGAAGACCUCCACCUUCUGGCAUACCCUCGGCGGCAGCUUACGAAUCCUACCCAACAUCACCAACAUCUAACACCGCAGAGAUGUUUGCAAACCAAAAAAAAUCAAUAUCUUCAAAUGAGUCAAGUGAGAAGAACUUUAGUUCCACCUUACCUCCGAACUAUCAUCAAGUACACAACAGGGCGUUUGUGAAGGUUAGGUCCAACGAGUUUGAUGACGUGAGCUAUGACGAAGAGUUGAGAGAGCGGCAACUUCAAAAGAGCAACGGCCAUGGCACUUCUCACAUGAAGUAG